ACGACAAUCGGAACUUCACAUGCUAUGCUAAAGAGCUAGCUUACGGGCGAUACUUGCUCUAUCCUGUAAAACAUUAUAUGUCAAGACCAUGCUAUAUUAUGUAGCAGUGAUAGAGACGUUGCAAAGCUAUCGACGCCUUCACCUGUUCAGCAAAAAAUGGUUUGUUGUUUAGCUCUAUAUACAGGACUACAUUAACCAUUCAAAACUACAAAUACCUACACCUUCCGUCUGCCGUCAGGCCGUUGCAAGUGUCGUGAUCAACUGAGGAUUUAAAUAGGAGUGACCUCCGGGGUGAUCGAGAAGUGGGAGAGCGAACACUGCAAGCUGUCGUUUGAACAUGGCUGAGCCUAUUAGAGUUCUGGUGACCGGCGCUGCUGGGCAGAUUGCCUAUUCCUUAUUGUUCAGCAUUGCCAAGGGAGAUGUCUUUGGCAAAGAUCAGCCUGUUGUCUUGAUCCUCUUGGACAUAACACCCAUGUUACCGGUACUAGAAGGUGUUGUCAUGGAGCUUCAGGACUGUGCCCUCCCACUUCUGAGAGACAUUGUCCCCACUGACAAGGAGGAGGUAGGCUUCAAGGACCUGGAUGUAGCCAUCUUGGUGGGCUCCAUGCCCAGGAGGGAAGGCAUGGAGAGGAAGGACCUGCUUAAAGCAAAUGUGGCCAUCUUCAAAGGCCAAGGAGCAGCCCUGAAUCAGUAUGCCAAAAAGACUGUCAAGGUCCUGGUUGUGGGAAACCCUGCCAACACUAACUGUCUGAUUGCAGCAAAGUCUGCUCCCUCCAUCCCCAAAGAGAACUUCUCCUGCCUCACUCGUCUGGACCACAAUCGGGCUGGCUCUCAGGUGGCAAUGCGCUGUGGCGUCCCUGCUACCCAUGUCAAGAAUGUGAUCAUUUGGGGCAACCACUCAUCCACCCAGUACCCAGAUGUGCACCACUGUUUGGUCAACAUGUCUGGAAGCGAGCUUGCCUGCUUUGAUGCAGUAAAGGAUGAUGCCUGGCUUAAAGGAGACUUCAUUGCUACAGUGCAGCAGAGAGGCGCUGCAGUCAUCAAGGCCAGGAAGCUGUCUAGUGCCAUGUCUGCAGCCAAGGCCAUCUGUGACCACAUGAGAGACAUCUGGAAUGGCACCGCUGAGGGUGAGUUUGUCUCUAUGGGUGUCUACUCCUCUGGCAACUCCUAUGGAGUCCCUGAAGACCUCAUCUACUCAUUCCCAGUCCAGAUUAAGGACAAGACCUGGAAGAUUGUGAAUGGCCUGGCCAUCAACCCCUUUUCCCAGUCAAAGAUGGAGGCCACAGCAGUAGAGCUGAUAGAAGAGAGAGACACAGCUGUGGAUUUCCUUGGCGUAUGACUAGACCCUUCACGGCCAACUGACCGGCACUUAGACCACCCCAAAACUCCAGACCCACGCCUGUGAAAAAAGCACUCCUCCACCAACCCCUGCAUUACUCUGUGUGUGUGUGUGUGUGUGUGUGUGAGAGACAGAGAGAAUGAGUCAGUGUUUAUGAGCGUAAAGAUGGAUUUGUACUUAUGCGUUGGGAGGCCACAGCAUAGAAACUCUGCACAAAACUGCAGCAGCUAUCAAGAUACUGAACAGUGACAGUGAUUGCCUAGUUUGGGCUUCUGGCACUUAAUUUUCAUUUUUUCUAAUACUGAUAGAUCAUUGAUGGUAAAAUCUAAAUUAUUCAAGAAAUUAGAAGCUCUGAAAAUGUCAACUUUUCAGUUUUAUCACAUACUGUAAAUUCUGUGACCUGUCAAAGCCAUUUGCACUACAAACCUUGUACUUGCUCUGAUUGGCGCCGUCUUUGCAAAAAGUAACGAAAAAAAAAGUGUUACUUUGUUUACUUUGGCGAUAACUACUGCACAACAUUGUUCUCCUCUCAGCAGACAGAAGGGCUGCUUUAAACUACAAUGCACAUGUAUAACUCAUCUUAUUCUUGAAGUACUUUCUGAAAGUCCACCAACUCUGUUAUCAGCUGUUUUUCAAAUACUUUUCUCUGGGGGUAAGUGAAACAUGGAUGGUUGUUACAUAUAGUCAGUUGUGCAUUAAGCUCUCAAGUACUGAAAUAAAAAAAUAAAAGCUCAAACAAGAAAAACAAA